UAAAAGGGAACGUGUAAAAUGUGAGGUGGUCAUGCAUAGUUAUGCUCAUGAUCCUAAUUUUUCAAAGAAAACGAGGAAGUCAAAGAAAAAAAUUCAUAUGUUCGACCAGCGUAGGAAUAUGAUCAGAAAGAGAUUGAAUUCUCCAAUUCAUUCACCUCACUGUUCUAGAAAUUUUCUGAGACUUUUGAGCUGUGAACAGAAGAUGAUCAUAGUUCUUUCCUUUGUGGCGCUUGUCUUUUGGAGCUCUUCAUCAUCAGUAGCUUCCAAUCCCCCUUUUAGUUUCAUACAAGAAGCCACCACUGUCUCGAGCUCCGAUUUGCUUGGCUAUGACUACAUAAUCGUGGGCGGCGGAACCACUGGCUCGCCCCUCGCGGCAACGCUCUCGACUAAAUACAAAGUUCUCGUGCUCGAGAGAGGAGCAUCACCAUACGGCAAUCCAAACAUCUCUAGGAUCGAGAACUUUGGAGCGAUUCUCGCCGACGUUGGGCCACAAUCGCCACUCCAAGUCUUCUUCUCCAGCGAAGGGGUAAGAAACAGGAGAGCUCGAGUUCUUGGAGGAGGAUCUAGCGUAAAUGCCGGGAUCUAUUCUCACGCCGAGCAAUCUUUCAUCUCCGCUCUGGGUUUGAAUCCUUGCCUGGUGGACCAGUCCUAUCGCUGGGUCGAGAGUGUUGUGGCUUCCAUUCCAAAUCAACUCGGGCCUUACCAGAGAGCGUUCCGGGCAUCGCUGCUCCAAGCUGGGAUCACACCGGACAACAAUGCAACGUAUGAUCACUUGGUUGGAACUAAAACUUUUGGAAGUAUUUUUGAUCAAUCCGGCUCCCGGAGGCCAGCUUCAAACCUCUUUGUCUAUGCAAAUCCAAGCAAUAUCAAGGUCCUCCUUCAUGCAACAGUACUACGAGUUCUCUUCUCUCAAGGUUUGUCGCCAAGAACGUAUGGAGUCGAGUUUAAAGACGAGCUUGGCCGGAUCCGGAAGGCUUUCCUUUCUCAUCCUGGAAAAGAAUCUAGCGAAGUCAUUCUUUGUGCUGGUGCGAUCGCAAGUCCGCAGCUUCUAAUGCUAAGUGGAAUCGGGCCUGGAAACCAUCUUCGAUCCAAAGGCAUCAAGGUGAUCAAGGAUUUUCCAGAGGUUGGAAAACAUAUGGCAGACAAUCCAGCCAUUUCCCUGGUCGUGCCAUCGCCAUCUUACGUCGAGGUCUCCACGAGCUUGAGCGUCGGGAUCACGUCCUUUGGAAGCUAUAUCGAAGCUGGCAGCGGCGGAGUGCGAGGGCCAAAUGCUACCUUCGUUUCUGAGAAGGUCAAUGGCCCAGCUUCCACGGGAGAACUCUACUUGGCCACAACGAAUGUGGAUGAUGAUCCGGUUGUAAGUUUCAACUAUUUCCAAGAGCCAAGGGAUUUGCAAGUUUGCAUUGGAGGAGUGGACGCAAUCGAGAAAGCAUUGCUCUCAAACGCUUACAAACCUUUCCGAUAUGACAAUCAGUCACUCCCAUCCGGAGGAACGGUGAGUUUUCCCAGCAGGAGGAAUUCAAGCGCGUUGGCUAUCAACAACACUCUUGCGGAUUAUUGCAAGAGAAAGGUCGUGACUUUGUAUCACUUCCAUGGUGGCUGCCUGGUAAACAAGGUGGUGGAUUCCAGCUUCAAGGUAAUUGGCAUACGAAACUUACGCGUUCUUGAUGGUAGCGUUUUCCAUGUCUCGCCUGGAACCAAUCCACAAGCCACCUUGAUGAUGCUUGGAAGGUAUGCUAUCAUUUUUUCACUUCCCUCCACCGAGAUUUUUGACAGAGUAUCAACCACACAGAUAUGUUGGAAAAGCCAUAAUCGAUCACGAUCAAAGAGAGUAAAAGUUUCUUCCCACCAUGCCACCAUUCAAGAAUAAAAUUCCAAUCCAACAACGAACUUUUCAAGUCACUGGGAAAUGUCCAGGCUCCUGAGAAGCGAGUAAGUUGCCGAGCUCUCUGGCUCUAGCAUCGCUGCUCGAU